AUGGCCGUGAAGAUGGCAUCGGACGGCCUGUGGCAGGGAGAGAACCCUCUGGACUUCGCGCUGCCGCUCCUGGCGGUGCAGAUAGCCGUCGUGCUCGUCAUCACGCAGGGCCUCGCCUUCGCCCUCAAGCCCCUACGCCAGCCUAGGGUCAUCGCCGAGAUCCUGGGCGGCAUCUUGCUCGGACCUUCGGCCCUGGGCCGGUUGGGCCCCUUUCGCCGCACGAUCUUCCCGGAGUGGAGCACCCCCGCGCUAGACACUGUGUCGGGCCUCGGCCUGCUCCUCUUCCUCUUCCUGGUCGGCCUCGAGCUCGACUUCCGCGCCGUUCGUCGCGUGGGACCCCGCAGCGUGGCCAUCGCAGCCGCCGGCAUCGUGCCUCCGCUGCUCGCCGCCGCCGGCAUCGUGCCGCUCCUCGACCUCGCCAUCCCGGCGCCCCGCCAAGCCUCAUACCUCUCGCUGUGCGUGUUCCUCGGCGCGGCGCUCUCGGUGACCGCUCUCCCCGUGCUCGCCUGCAUCCUCAAGGAGCUCGGCCUCCUCGGAGUGCCCUUCGUCGAGACCGCCAUGGCCGCCGCCUCGGUGAACGACGUCUUCGCGUGGACGCUCCUUGCUCUCGCUCUCGCCGUGUCCGGCGGUGGCCGCGAGCCGAAGGGACCCCCUCUCGCGCCGGUCUACAUCCUCUCGUCGGGCGCCGUCUUCGUGGCGUUCACGUUCUUCGCGCUCCGCCCUCUCAUGGCGCGGCUGGCGCGCCGCACAGGCCCCUGCAGCUCGGACAGCAACCUGACCUGCUCAUGCGCCGUCGCGUGCGCGCUCCUAGCGGGCGCCGUGACCGACGCCAUCGGCGUGCACCCCGUCUUCGGCGCGUUCGUGUUCGGGCUGGCCAUGCCCCGUGAGGAGGGCUUCGCGGAGCGCAUCGGCGAGAAGGUGGCGCCGCUGGUGUCCGGGCUGAUGCUGCCGCUCUACUUCGCCACGAGCGGACUGCAUACGAAUGUGGACAACGUCCAGGGCGUGGCCGCGUGGGGGAUGGUGGCGCUCGUGGUGGCCGUGGCCGUGGUGGGGAAGUUCGCCGGGACGUUCGCGGUGGCGGUCGCCGGGACAGGCAUGGCCAGGCGCGAGGCGGCCGCCCUCGGCGUGGCCAUGAGCGCCAAGGGGCUAGUGGAGCUCAUCGUGCUCAACAUCGGCAAGGAGAAGAAGGUGCUGGACGACACGACGUUCGCCAUCUUCGUGAUCAUGGCGCUGACGACCACGGUGAUCGCGACGGCGCUCAUGACGGCGCUCUACCGGCAUCAGUCGACGGCCACCAUGCCGGAGAUCGAUGGGAUGGAGCUCAAAGGAGGCGACGCUUGCCCGGCAUAA